AUGUUAAGUAUGGCAAGAACUAAACAGACCGCUCGAAAGAGUACUGGAGGAAAGAUAGACCGGGCACGGAUCUUGGAGGCUAAGAGAGGCAAGAAUGUAGGGACGAAGACCAGAAAAGGAAAGAGCAAGGGGGAGGUAGCCGGAGUCAAGAAGAAGCACAGAUGGAGGCCCGGUACGGUAGCUCUGCGUGAGAUCAGAAGGUUCCAGAAGUCUACGGAGCUGUUGAUCCCACGAUCUCCUUUCUUGAGGCUGAUGAGGGAGGUGAUUAACGAGGUGAAGCAGGGUCCCAGUCAGAUGAGAGUGCAAGUUGGGGCUGUCGGCGCUCUGCAGGAGGCUGCAGAGGCGUAUCUGGUGGGACUGUUUGAGGAUACCAACCUGUGUGCUAUCCAUGCUAAACGUGUCACAAUCAUGCCACGUGACAUCCAUCUUGCUCAACGACUACGAGGCAGAGGUUAAAUACCUCUAACAUAAAACAGAGUGACUGAUAACGUACUUGCUCCGGUUACUGGCGGGAGGGGUGCUAUAUUUAUCUGACACGUGAUAGCGAAUAACCAAUUGGCAUGUAGCAUCGAGCAAUUUAAUCCUAGAAACAAUGUCACGUGUCAAAUCAAGUAUGGUUCACCUCCCGAUCACUAUCCGGGCGUAUUGUUCCGGAAUUUGGUUCCAAAUUGAAGGCCAAGAAGACAUUUUAUUACUUAUGUUCUAUUUAAUAUUCUAUGUUAAAUAUUAUGGAUAAUUAGCAAAUUUAGCAUGUUUUCGGUUAUAUUCUGACAUUGAAAUGCUAUUUCGAUGAGGAAACUAUUUAUCUUUUAAUCACAUCAUUUGGUAGACUACUUGUUAUUUGAUUGUGAUUCCCUGCAACUUUGCCAACCUAUUUAGGGAUCUACCACAUAUUGAGUAAGCUAGAUUAUGACCUUUUCAGACUUCUUCACCUAACCCCGUAAGCCAGAUUGUGACCUUUUCAGACCCAUUCAGCCACUUCACUCAUUAGACUUUUCCAAACCAUCUUUCCUAGACUGGCUUUAUAAUAUGUGAAAGAUCCCUUUAUUAAUACGGCUAUUAUUUCGAGUUGUAUUAUAUUUUCCAGCAGCGUCAGCAGUAACAUACAUUGUUUAUUAAUGAUUAACAAGCUGUUAUGUAGUGCGAACAAAACUAUUGCAAUUUAGUGUUACCUUGUUAAACAGGCUAUUUUUACUAAGAACAAUAUUUGCUAAACUGUAUUUUAAUUUAGAGGAAUAUAUAUUUACUAGAACAAAAGUUUUGGUAAUAUUUCAUGUUUGAAAUAUUUUCGUCACGAUUUCAUAAUUCAUACUGGCGUUUUCCAAGUAACAUCUUGCACGUCAUUUAACUUAGAUUUACCCAACUUUUAAAGACCUAAAAUAGUUAAAGUUUAUUUCAAUCUUCUUUCUCAGAACUAUUUUAAUAGUUGAAAAAUGUUCACCAGUAAUAAUUAUUUUAUCGCUGCUUUAUAA